CUUUAGCCCCAGAAAAGAGGAUCUCGGACGACGCGAAGCUCCCGCUGGUGGCGCAGGAUGCGAGUGAUCGACGCGGCUUGAAACUAGUUUGGUUUACAUCGACAAUUGUUCUAUGCAAGCGUGUCAAGCUGCUCGCGCUGCAAGAUAGCCAUGCCUCUCUGCCUGAGCAUCCCAUAGAUCCAGUCAUGGUCGUCGCCCUGACAACACGCAGGCGAUUUGGCUGGCCCAAGGUACUCAGUCCGCGUUUCCUACGCCUGAUCGCACUCGUCGUCGUCGUCUUCUGGGCAGCCCCAAAGACUUGGCGAUCAAGUAUCACCGAAAAGUCAAUCGAGAAUCUCGACAGGCUCGUCUCACGACAAGGCAGACCGAACGGGCUGUUCUAUGACGCCAAGAAGGGUCAUUUGCUCCUGCCGGCGCGCUUACCCCGGCAUCCUGUCAGAGAACUCAUCGAGCAUGGCAAGAAAGAGUGGGCAGAUAAAGUUGCAAGACAGAGCAGGACGCUCGAGCAGGCCGUUGCAGAGUAUAUGAAGCGGUACGGGCGUAAUCCGCCACGAGGAUUCGAUCUAUGGUGGAACUACGCCAAGGAGAAUCAUGUGAUCCUCAAGGAUGAGUAUGACCAGAUCAACAGAGAUAUAGAGCCCUACCUCGCCUUACACUCGCAAACGAUCAGAGAGAGAACCGCAAAGCUCGCGGAGAGCAAGCAGACGGGCACAGUCGCAUUCCUGCCCGAUCAAGAUCCGCCAUAUGCCAUUGAGCCUUUCAAAGCAAGGACAAAAGAUCUAGUGGACAUGCUCGAGCCAAUCAUACCAUCACUGCCGGCUGCGUUCAACAUUACCAUCUCUGUACACGACGGUGGAUAUGGCCGGCUAGCGUACGACCACGAGCAACAUCUCCGCAAUCUCGCGCGAACGAGCCAGAUUGUGGAAUUGGGAGCGCGGCGAGAUGGAUGGAAGGGCUCGAUGAACAGCAGCUUAGCCCCGACGGCCAAGCUCUGUCCGCCAGACUCCCCAAUGCGAUCCUUCACGCCCGACGAGACCAACAGACCAGACUACGAGCAGUAUCGAAUGCCGCCUUUGCAUUCUUUCAUCUACAAGCACAAAGCUGCCAUGGAUGUCUGCUAUAGCCCCGAGCUUUACUGGGUACAUGGCGCAGUACGAGGAAAACCAGAUCUGCAAGAAGCAAAGCCGAUGUUCACCUGGUCCAAAGUCUUCUCGCACUCUGAUCUCACCAUCGUACCUUUGGAGCAGUACAGAGACGACUAUGGCAUCGAUGAGCCCCAGUGGCACGAGAAGAAGCACGGCACGCUAGCUUGGAGAGGAUCACUGACGGGCUCCUCGUUUGUCGUCGGCAACGAAUGGUCUUGGAAGCUCAGUCCGAGAUGGCGGCUGCAUCAAGUCGCCAAUGCUGUCUCGGGUUCUCGAUCCGUCCUGCGAGAGAAGCCAAAUGGAUCGGUGGACACAGUCGACAAGAAGGUUGCAGACCUCAACCGGGAUUACUUCAACGCAAGCGUGGCUGGCAAACCACUGCAGUGCGACGAUGAGACGCGAGAGCUCAUACAGCAGACAAUUGCCUUUGCGCCCAAGAUGGACAAUUCCGCUUUAUUCGAGCACAAGUACUUGCUAGACGUCGAUGGAAAUGGGUGGUCCGGGCGAUUCCAUAAGCUCAUGCGAAGCAAUUCGCUCGUUUUCAAGGCCAGCGUCUUCACCGAAUGGUGGGUCGAGAGAUCUCAGCCAUGGGUACACUAUGUUCCAGUCAAUCCAGACUACAGCGACGUCUACGACAUCAUGGCAUUCUUUGAGGGCAUCAAGGGAGGCACGCGGAAUGAAGAUCUGGCAGAGGAGAUGGCAAAGGCCGGCCAGGAGUGGGCACGCUUGCACUGGCGACGGGAGGACAUGAUCGCCUUUAUGUGGCGCAUGUUGCUCGAAGUGAACAGACUCUACAAUCGCAGCGACCAGGAAUCGUUUGACUAUGGUCAAGACAACGACGAAGCAUGGUAAUCAGCAUCUCUAGACACGCACGU